UUCUAACGAUUGCACCCAGGAUCUAAACGAUACAAUGCCAAGUAGACCUCGAACCUAUAAGGCCGGCCUGCGCGUAUAGGUUCAUUGUAUAGUCGAGACUUCGACAGGUAUAAAGGAAGCAAGCCUCAGAAGGUAAGUCUGCAGAUCUAGAGUCAAACUCAAGGAGCUCCUAUUUCUACACUGAUUCUGCCCGUCUCUAUCAUGUCAUCGACUAUUGAGCAAUACACAAUCUCCGUACCGGAAUCGCAGCUGCGUGAUCUGAACAAUAGACUUGACCUCGCGAGAUAUCCAGACGAACUUGACCAAGCGGGGUGGGAUCUAGGCGUACCACUGACUGAUGUCCAGCGACUUACGAGUUACUGGCGUCACACUUUCAACUGGCGAAAAGCCGAGCAAAACCUGAACAAGCUACCUCAUUUCAUCACGUCGAUCAAGGUUGAUGGCUAUGAAAGUCUAAGGAUACAUUUCCUCCACAAGAAAUCCGACCGCAGAGGCGCCGUCCCUCUACUCUUUGUCCACGGCUGGCCGGGAAACUUUCUCGAAGCCACAAAAAUCAUCGAUGAACUUACCUCAUCUUCAGACGAGCAUGUCUCCUUCGACGUCGUUGCCCCUUCUCUGCCACAUUAUGGGUUUUCUGAAGGCUCCAAGAAAAGGGGCUUCUCACAGGAACAAUACGCCGAAACCAUGCACAAACUCAUGCUCCGCUUGGGUUACAACGAGUAUGUCACCCAGGGAGGCGACUGGGGUUGGUACGUGACGCGCACAAUCUCGAAAUUGUACCCUCGACAUUGUAAAGCUACCCACUUCAACAUGGAUGUCGGUGCAGCGCCCGCAUUGUUGAAGAACCCUAUUCUUGCCGCCGAAGCGGCACUCAAGCCACUCUCGGACCGCGAGAAACAAGGUAUCUCCCGUACCCGGUGGUUUGACAAAGAGGGAUUUGGGUACAACCUUUUGCAAUCCACGAAGCCACAAACUGUGGGCUACGCCCUGACCGACAGUCCUGUCGCCCUCCUCGCAUGGAUCUAUGAGAAACUGCACGACUGGACCGAUGAUUACCCCUGGACGGACGAGGAAGUUUGCACGUGGCUGUCGAUAUAUUGGUUCAGCACCGCUGGGCCGGCCGCGAGCUGCAGAAUAUACUACGAGAUGGACCGUUCGGGGCCCUGGGGCAAACGUUUCACGCGGGACCAGCUGCGGGAGUGGUUACCGGGCGUGAAGAUCGGGUACAGCCAUUUCCCCCGCGACCUUCACGUGCUGCCGAGUACGUGGACGAGGACGUUGGGGACCAGCGUCUUCGAGAAAGAGCAUGCCUCGGGUGGGCAUUUCGCCGCGUGGGAACGUCCCGCGGACAUUGUGGCCGACGUGAGAGAGAUGUUUGGCAAAAAAGGUGGUGCCUAUGGUGUUGUGAAAGGCCGGGAUGGAUACUGACUACCUAGGUAUAUUUCCUGUCGCAGUUUUCAGAUAACUCCAUUUUGCGUUUAACCUUGGGAUGGACACGAUGAACAUUCACCUAAUAAU